UUUUCUUCUGUUGGAUCAGGUCUUGGAGUGUAGGGUGAAGGUUUCUCUUCACGGUGCAUGGACGGAAAGCCAAUGCGCAGGUGUGCCAGCACUCGCCCAGGAGAGACCGGAAUGGACGUGACCAGCCGCUGCACCCUCGGAGACCCCAACAAGCUGCCCGAAGGGGUGCCGCAGCCCGCGCGCAUGCCCUACAUCUCCGACAAGCACCCCCGGCAGACCCUGGAGGUCAUCAACCUGCUGCGGAAGCACCGGGAGCUCUGCGAUGUGGUGCUGGUAGUGGGGGCCAAGAAGAUCUACGCCCACAGGGUGAUCCUGUCGGCCUGCAGCCCCUACUUCCGAGCCAUGUUCACCGGGGAGCUGGCGGAGUCGCGGCAGACGGAGGUCGUGAUCAGGGACAUCGACGAGCGGGCCAUGGAGCUGCUCAUCGACUUCGCCUACACCUCGCAGAUCACUGUGGAAGAGGGAAAUGUCCAGACCUUGCUGCCAGCUGCUUGCCUUCUCCAGCUGGCCGAGAUCCAGGAGGCCUGCUGCGAGUUCCUCAAGAGACAGUUGGACCCUUCCAAUUGCCUGGGUAUCCGGGCUUUUGCUGACACUCACUCGUGCCGGGAACUGCUGAGGAUUGCCGACAAAUUCACACAGCACAACUUCCAGGAGGUGAUGGAGAGCGAGGAGUUCAUGCUGCUUCCUGCCAACCAGCUCAUAGACAUCAUAUCCAGUGACGAGUUAAACGUGCGCAGCGAAGAGCAGGUGUUCAACGCCGUGAUGGCCUGGGUCAAGUACAGCAUCCAGGAGAGGAGACCCCAGCUGCCACAGGUCCUGCAGCACGUCCGCCUGCCCCUGCUGAGUCCCAAGUUUCUUGUGGGUACAGUGGGUUCUGAUCCACUCAUUAAGAGCGAUGAGGAAUGCAGGGAUCUGGUGGAUGAAGCCAAAAACUACCUGCUGCUGCCCCAAGAGCGGCCGCUGAUGCAGGGACCACACUGAGAGAAGAGAGCUCAUCAUGUUUGUGAGUGUUGUUGUGACCGUGUUCUUGGUGUUUGGCUUGCAGUGGGGGGCUGGUGCAGCGGGGACGCGAUUUCCAGCGUGGAGCGCUACGACCCCCAGACCAACGAGUGGAGGAUGGUGGCUUCCAUGAGCAAGAGGCGCUGUGGCGUCGGGGUCAGCGUCCUGGAUGACCUCCUCUAUGCUGUGGGAGGCCACGACGGCUCCUCUUAUCUUAACAGCGUGGAAAGGUAUGAUCCAAAGACCAAUCAGUGGAGCAGUGAUGUGGCUCCCACCAGCACCUGCAGGACCAGUGUUGGAGUAGCAGUUCUUGGAGGUUACCUCUAUGCUGUGGGUGGCCAGGAUGGUGUCUCUUGUCUCAACAUUGUGGAGAGGUAUGAUCCCAAAGAAAACAAAUGGACUCGAGUGGCUUCCAUGAGCACCAGGCGCCUGGGAGUGGCGGUGGCUGUGCUGGGAGGCUUCCUCUAUGCUGUGGGAGGCUCUGAUGGAACAUCUCCUCUCAAUACUGUGGAACGCUACAACCCCCAGGAGAACCGCUGGCACACGAUAGCCCCCAUGGGCACGAGGAGGAAGCACCUGGGCUGUGCUGUGUACCAGGACAUGAUCUACGCCGUGGGAGGCAGGGAUGACACCACAGAGCUCAGCAGUGCCGAGAGGUACAACCCACGCACCAACCAGUGGUCUCCGGUGGUGGCCAUGACGUCCCGGCGGAGCGGGGUUGGCCUGGCCGUGGUGAAUGGACAGCUGAUGGCAGUGGGGGGUUUUGAUGGCACAACGUACCUGAAGACCAUUGAGGUGUUUGAUCCAGAUGCUAACACGUGGAGGUUGUACGGCGGGAUGAAUUACCGGCGGCUGGGCGGAGGCGUGGGGGUUAUCAAAAUGACACACUGUGAAUCUCAUAUAUGGUAAGCUUCCAGAGGGAGGGAGUCCCCUGCCUUCUCAUUCCUAGAAAAAACUGAAGAGACUUGUUGACACUGGACCUCUUUGCAGCUCUAGUAUGCACGGUCUAGAUCCAAUGUAACUCUUUGCCGGUGAACUCUUUCUAUGGAAUUAUAAAAAUUGACUUCUGUGAGAGUGUGCCCAGCGGGAGACCACGGUGUCAGACUCCAGGGAACCACUGGACAAAAGUAGAAGUGUUGCUUAUGUCCGUAUUUUUUCUAAAUAGUUCUACAUUUUUUGAAUAAACCAAACUGUAACAGUUAUUGUAGCGUAAAGGAUGCUGAUGUAGAGCCUACACUCUGUACUGGGAGUCUGGCCAGGAGGAGGGAUUCCUGCUUUCCCUCCUGCUGUGGGAGCAGUGGAUACGGCAGCUGUUUGGUGGGUGAAAGAGAAAAAGUGAUACAGAAAACAUUGCUUUUGCCUUAUUUACAGAGAGCUUCAAAAAAAAAAAAGUACUUGACCUGCAAGGUGCCACCUUUGCACAGAAGCUUUUCUGUGCACAGAGUAUAUUUAUUUUUUCAUUUGAUUUGUAUCAUGUAUUUUCUUUGUAUCGCUCACAGUGAUGAUUCCAGCUUUUUAUAUACAUCUCUGUGUGCAUAUAUAUAUAUGUAUUUUAUAUAUGUAUAUAUAUAUGUAUAUGUGUGACUUGCAUUUCGACCAGCUGGUGGUUUAGGCAGGGCUGUGUCCUGCCAGCUACUGUGGUUCCAACCCUUGUGGUAUGAUUUGGGGUCUCUUAGAGGACAGGAGAGCUGUGAGGAUGGGUGCUCUGAGUAUCUUUUCAGAACUGGAACUCUCAUCGCUCGACUGAGUCAGUGAAGUACCCCAGAAGGGUGAGAGGAGAAGGAUUUCAAACAAUGCCUUUUUACUGUACAAAAGUUCAGCUUUUCUCUCCUCUCUCCUGUAUGUGAACCCGUGCUGGUUUGAAGGUGAACCAGUGAGAGGAAUUAACCCCACACAAACACCCUGUGAGAGACUUCAAGUCAGAGUUCCAGUUCAAUAGAAAGAUUACAAUAAAUGCAAUGAAUACAGAAAGACUGGCUUAAAACCAGUACCAGUUAAACAGUGCUUGCAGCCCACUUGGAGUGAUGGAUGAGGUCUUGUUAAAAGUGAUGGUCCUGGUCCUUCUCUGGAUGUCCAGUGGUGGUGGUUGUGUUCGAGUCCCCAACCCCCCAGAUCACAGACCCUUAAAAUCUAGGCUGGAAUGUUCAGUCCCUCCUCCAGGGUGGGGAGUUUCCCAAUGGAAUGACGGAAUCCUAUGAGUCCGAGGAUAUUUUGGGAAGUCCUUGAUGGCUCAUCGGCAGAGAUGACCCCCCCUUAGGCUGGGUGCAGUUGUCACUUUGUGAAGACUGGGAGAACACUGCACCCAGCUCACAGCUUUUACAAACAUUAACAGUUCAUCAGGAAUAAUGCAAGAUGGGUGUGGAAUAUAGUUAGGCUACACCCACACGGAUACUUUCUCCUGCAACCACUGAUAGAACCUAAAUCCAACCAGUUCUAGCUCACUUCUAAAAGCCUUUUUCCUCCUGUUGCCUGCUCGAUAUCAGUUCUUGACUGAAGCAGGGUGCAGGUGUCAUCUGUUAAUUUUGACACCCACUUCUUGUGUUCUCACUGGAAGGGCAGACCCACAGCCAGCUCCUUCCUGUUGAAAAAAAAGCUCAGACCAGCCUCACCUCAGCUGCCCUCUUGUCUGUGUCUGUAGAAUUCCUGACCGUGAGGGAUGGUGCCCUCUCUUUGAGUGGUUUUUGUGCACUUUGCCUGUGUAUGGUUAGAGCAGGGAAAGGUGUGAGGCUCAUUUAAGAGUUUGGAGGGGAAGGGCUGUUUGCUGGCACUGUGAAUAACUGUGGAGUCACCCAGGGGUGGGGGGAGAGCAGGGAAGAACUCAAGACUCAACAGUUCUGUUCGUACUGUAAUUUCUAUUGAGUGUGGAAGAAUGACCUUUUGCACCUGAUCUAACUGUGGACCUUACUAAAUUUGAUUUUGAAAAAAGAGACCUGUAAAUUCUUGAGAUGAAAAAAGCAGUGCUGACAUCUUAAGUUCUUUAACUUCUUAGUUUGAUUCAUGUAACUCAGAUUUUAAUGUGCUUGAAUAUAGUAAAAAAAUACACUACAGUCAUAAAUGGGACAUUAAAACUUUUUUUAAAACCCUUUUCCCCCUAAAGGUCGGUAUUCUUGUGUUUACAUAUGAAAAUCAUUUGCACCUUUACAAGGAAAACAAGUAUUCUGUAAACAAAUGUUUACAUGUAUCAUUUAUGCUUUUUUCUAGCAUGAGUAACUUGUAUAAAUAGUGCUAUCUUAAUAAAUUUCUUCUACGCC